UCCUCAGCAGCUUCCACACACAACCCCAAAACAAUAAUAAAGAAAAGAAGUGUGUGUGUGUGUGUGAGGCUGUAAGCGAGCGAGAGAGAGAGAGAAGCUCUUUUAAUUUGUUAGUAGUGAUAAACAAAGAUGGCCUUCAAGUUCAAACCACCCAUCUCCCUCUGCCUUGUGAUAUUCGUUGCUUGUUUGUUUGUUUCUCCCCGAACCGGAGAUGCCCGUCCGGCAUUUGCCUGUGACCCUAGAAAUGGGCUGACGAGAAACUUACCCUUCUGUCGACCAUCUCUCCCCAUACCCAAUAGGGUGAGAGACCUCAUUGGACGACUGACGUUGCAAGAGAAGAUUAGGCUACUGGUGAACAACGCUGCUCCCGUGCCGAGGCUAGGCAUCAGGGGCUACGAGUGGUGGUCGGAGGCUCUUCAUGGCGUCUCCAACGUCGGCCCUGGAACCAAAUUCGGCGGAGCAUUCCCCGGAGCUACCAGUUUCCCUCAGGUCAUCACCACCGCUGCUUCCUUCAAUGCUUCCUUGUGGGAACAAAUUGGACGGGUGGUGUCAGACGAAGCGAGGGCCAUGUACAACGGAGGGAUGGCGGGUUUGACGUAUUGGAGCCCAAAUGUGAACAUAUUCCGAGAUCCAAGGUGGGGCCGAGGGCAGGAGACUCCCGGCGAGGAUCCUCUUCUAGCCGGGAAGUACGCGGCCAGCUACGUAAGGGGACUCCAGGGAAACGAGGGUAACCGGUUAAAGGUUGCCGCCUGCUGCAAACACUACACCGCCUACGACCUCGAUAACUGGAACGGCGUUGAUCGCUUCCACUUCAACGCCAAGGUUAGCAAGCAAGACUUGGAGGAUACGUACGAUGUGCCGUUCAAGGCUUGUGUGGUGGAAGGCAAUGUGGCCAGUGUCAUGUGCUCUUACAAUCAGGUCAAUGGCGUUCCCACCUGUGCCGACCCCAAUCUCCUCCGCAAUACUAUCCGGGGUGAAUGGCGUCUCAAUGGAUAUAUCGUUUCAGAUUGCGACUCGGUUGGUGUCUUCUACGACGACCAACACUACACCUCCACGCCCGAAGAAGCAGCUGCCCUCGCCAUUAAAGCAGGUUUGGAUUUGGACUGUGGGCCUUUCCUCGCCGUCCACACGGAGGCGGCCAUAAGGAGAGGCAAGUUGAGCGAGUGGGACGUUAACGCUGCUCUAACCAACACAUUAACGGUCCAGAUGAGGUUAGGGAUGUUUGACGGUGAGCCGUCGGCCCAGCCGUCUGGGCAUCUCGGCCCAAGGGAUGUCUGCACUCCGGCCCACCAAGAGCUCGCACUAGAGGCUGCUCGACAGGGCAUUGUUUUGCUCAAGAAUCAUGGGCCUUCGCUGCCCUUAUCCACUUUUCGUCAUCGCACCGUAGCCAUUAUUGGCCCCAACUCAGACGUCACAGCCACCAUGAUAGGAAACUAUGCAGGUGUUCCAUGUGGAUAUACUACUCCCUUGCAAGGUAUUGGGAGAUACGCUAAGACCAUUCACCAACCGGGUUGUAGUGGCGUGGCCUGCAACGGCAACCAGCUAAUUGGCGCGGCGGUGGCCGCAGCCCGACAAGCGGAUGCAACAGUGCUGGUGAUGGGAUUGGACCAAUCUAUGGAGGCGGAGUUCAAGGACAGGGUAGGGCUGCUUCUACCGGGACACCAACAGGAGCUCGUAUCUAGGGUCGCUAUGGCCUCCAGAGGUCCUACCGUGUUGGUCUUGAUGUCUGGUGGGCCGAUUGAUGUGUCUUUCGCUAGGGAUGACCCACGUAUCUCCGCCAUCCUAUGGGCAGGGUACCCUGGCCAAGCUGGAGGAGCUGCAAUUGCCGAUAUCUUAUUUGGAAGAAGCAAUCCAGGUGGCAAGCUGCCAAUGACAUGGUACCCACAGGACUACGUGGCAAAGGUGCCAAUGACGAGUAUGGGCAUGCGGCCAUCGGGUGGGUACCCCGGCAGGACCUACAGGUUCUACAGAGGCCCAGUCGUGUACCCCUUCGGCCACGGUAUGAGCUACACCAACUUUGCACACACGGUGGCCCAAGCACCAACCUUGGUUUCGGUUCCUCUCGACGGCCGACGUGCGGUUGGCAACUCUACUACCGUCUCAUUCUCAGGUAAGGCAGUCAGGGUCACACAUGCCAAGUGUGAUGGGCUGUCCGUAGUUGUACAUGUAGAUGUGAAGAACACGGGGCCCAUGGAUGGAGCCCACUCGCUGCUUGUGUUCUCAGAGCCCCCAACCGGGCAAUGGGCCCCCAGUAAGCAACUAGUAGCCUUUGAGAAGGUGCAUGUGCCAGCGGGGACCGAGCAGAGAGUUGAGGUGAAGAUACAUGCGUGCAAGCACCUCAGCGUGGUGGACCGGUUUGGAAUUCGGAGAAUUCCAAUGGGCGAGCAUAGCCUUCACAUAGGUGAUGUCAAGCAUUCCGUCUCUCUACAAGCAGCUCUGCAGGAGAUCAAAUACUAGUAUUUGAAGCACAGAUUCAGAUUGGUAUGCCCAGGUGGCUUCUUCUAUAGUAAUAGGAAGAGAAAGAUUACUUGUCACUGGGAGAAAAGGAUCGAUUCAGGCAGGGCACUGUGGUGCUUAUAAAUAAUGUUUAGAAUAAUAGGUUAGCUGAAUGAACCGGCACAAGUAAGUCGGUGGUACUUGAUUGUGGAUUCCUGAUCCUGGCACGACCGAUGAAAAAGCAAGAGUCGGUGCCAUUUAUAUUUGGGAUGAACACUGGUGUAAAUUUUGUGCUCCAAAAAAACAAAAAACAAAAAGAUGAGGAGCACUUUAUAUUGGUCAUAGAGAUGCAGCGAACCAAUUGUACAAAUAAUUAAGACGGGAUUUGUCAUGAUAUGUUAGUCGUUUUUCUCGGUGAAA